AUGGUGUUCCGGUACCUCGUGAUCGCGGCGGUCGCGUUGGCCGUGGCUGGGGCUAAUCCCGCCAACAAGCCAGCAUUCUGGAAGGGCACACCAAUGGACGGGAUGGUCGAGGAGAUGCGAUCUCUGUGCAGCUCGGAAAACGACUCGGUCGCCUGCACUAAGUACAAGAUCAUGAGCUUCCUUGAUACGGUGUUCAAGCGGGACAGCUUCCAGCUCUCCGAUGACAUCGAAGUGCGCAGCAAUGGUGCGCUGGUAAGUGAAUCUGGCCGAGCACCGGCUGGGCUUGUGGAGCAGAUCGAAGGAUACCUGCGCAGUCAUGAUGUCACGUUCCGGAUGCCAAUCGCCGGUGCUCGUGUCACCGUGUCGCCGCGUAAUCUGGAGCAGAACGAGCUGGGUGUGACGGUUAGCUUCCCGGAGAGCGGUCGUGGUAUUGAGGCACGUAAAUCGAAGCUGAAGAAGAUCGUCAUCCCGAUCAUGGUCUUCAUCCUGCUGAAGGCUAUGACUCUCAUCCCGAUGGCACUCGGUGUGCUGGGACUGAAGGCAUGGAACUCGCUCCAGCUGUCGUUCUUCUCGUUCGUCGUUUCGGUCGGACUCGCUAUCUUCCAGCUUUGCAAAAAGCUGGCUGCCGAUAGCCACCAUCCGCAUAUUGCCGCUCAUGGACCGUGGGAUGCUGGCCGAUCCUUCGAGCAGCCCUCAGUCGACGCCCAGGACAUCGCGUACGGUGCCUACGCCUAG